GGCUGCACCAAAACCCUCCCCAGCCCUGGGAGAUGCUGCCUGAGGAGGGGCUGGCGGGCACAUCCCGCACACAGCAGGUGACACCCGCGAUGUCCCCAGCACCCGGCACCUGACGGCCCCAGGAGCACGAGGAUGGAGCCGGGCGCUCGCCUGCCCGGGUGGCUGCUGGUGCUCGGCCUGGCCAGCACCAUCCUGGCCCCAGGCUGCGGGGGCGCACAGGGCAGGCUCGCCCACAAGCUGCUCCACGACCUCUUCGCCAACUACUCCAGCGCCCUGCGCCCCGCGGAGGACACGGACCGGGCGCUCAACGUCACCCUGCAGGUCACCCUGUCCCAGAUCAUCGACAUGGACGAGAGGAACCAGGUCCUCACCUCCUACCUGUGGGUCCGCCAGGCCUGGCUGGACGCCCACCUCACCUGGGACAAGGACGCCUACGGCGGCAUCGACAGCAUCCGCAUCCCCAGCAGCUACGUCUGGAGGCCGGACAUCGUCCUCUACAACAAUGCCGACGACCGGUUCGGCGGCUCGAUGGAGACCAACGUGGUGCUGCGCUCCGACGGGCACAUCAUGUGGGACUCGCCCGCCAUCACCAAGAGCUCCUGCAAGGUGGACGUCUCCUACUUCCCCUUCGACGGGCAGCAGUGCCGCCUCACCUUCGGCUCCUGGACCUACAACGGGAACCAGAUCGACCUCCGCAACCGGCUGGACGCGGGCGACCUGACGGACUUCGUGGAGAACGUGGAGUGGGAGGUGCUGGGCAUGCCGGCCACAAGGAACGUCGUCACCUACGGGUGCUGCUCGGAGCCCUACCCCGACGUCACCUACACACUGCUGCUCAAGCGGCGAGCCUCCUUCUACAUCUUCAACCUGCUCCUGCCCUGCGUCAUGAUCUCCUUCCUGGCGCCCCUGGGCUUCUACCUCCCGGCCGACUCGGGGGAGAAGGUCUCGCUGGGGGUGACGGUGCUGCUGGCCCUCACCGUCUUCCAGCUGCUGGUGGCGGAGAGCAUGCCGCCGUCGGAGAGCGUGCCGCUCAUCGGGAAGUACUACAUCGCCACCAUGACCAUGAUCGCCGCUUCCACCGCGCUGACCAUCUUCAUCAUGAACGUCCACCACUGUGGGCCUGGGGCCAGGCCGGUGCCGCCGUGGGCACGGCGCCUCAUCCUGCACCACCUGGCCCGGGUCCUCUGCGUCUGCGAGGUGGGCGAGAGCUGCAGCAGCCCUCGGCGGGCGGGCACGGGUGGAACGGGGCCGCAGGAGCACCCUGGGGUGGGCGCCCAGCCGGGGCCGUGUCCCCGCAGCCACUGCCUCUGCCACCACCACGUCCUGCUGAGCAGCGUGGGCUACAUCGCCGGCUGCUUCCGACGCCACCGAGCCGCCCAGCGCCGCGCCGGGGAGUGGAAGAAGGUGGCCAAGGUGAUGGAUCGCUUCUUCAUGUGGGUCUUCUUCAUCAUGGUCGUCCUCAUGAGCGUGCUGGUCAUUGGCAAAGCUGCCUGAUGGCACCACCGCACACACCACCCCGGGUGUCCCGCGGGUGGCUCAUCCCUGGCACGGCCGAGGGCUCCAGAGCAGGCACAGCAGGGACACUGGGGACAGACUGGGGGCUCCAGAAGUGCUGGGGAGGUGUUGGGAGCCCCCCCUCCCCCCCCCCCCAUGCCAGGGGGCUGAGCCUGGGGGUCCUGGCUGGGGUGAGCCCCUGUCCCUGCUGGUGCUCGAUGCACCGUGCCCACGGACCUGGGUACAGAAAUCAAAGUGGGAAUAAAUCCUGCG